AUGGCCCCCAGAUCGUAUUUGGACUCCGUGGUUGGGAAUGGUACUAACACAGCACCUUUCUUGGUUGCAAAUCAGGAGGACAGUGAGGAGGAGGAGGAGGAUAUUGUGGAAAAUGAUGAUCCCACAUGCCCGACAAUCCGUUUAUCAGCCAAAGAAAAGAAUCGGAUCUGCGAGCCUUGGAGGCAAACCUUGAUCAUAAAAGUGAUGGGAAGAAGGGUUGGGUAUGCUUACCUUCUGCGCCGCCUGAACACGAUGUGGAGACCCAAGGGACGAAUGGAACUCAUAGCGCUUGACAACGACUAUUUCCUGGUGAAGUUCGGGAUGCAGGAUGAUCUGGAAUUUGCCAAAUAUGAAGGCCCGUGGAUGAUCUUAGAUCAUUAUCUGAUAGUUAAGGAAUGGGUUCCUAACUUUGAUCCGAUGACGGAUACUACGGAGAAGGUUCUCGUGUGGGUUCGCUUUCCUAGUCUCCCGGUGGAAUACUAUAACUUGUUAUGCUUAAGGAAAAUUGGAAAUAAGCUACAGAGAACUAUCCGUGUCGACCACACAACGAGUUUGGUAUCUAAGGGUAAGUUUGCAAGGGUGUGUGUGGAAAUUGACAUCUCUAAACCUCUGGUGUCGAGGUUCACUCUGGAAGAUAGGGUUUGGCACGUCGCUUAUGAAGGGAUGCACUUGGUUUGUUUCUCCUGUGGGCUCUACGGUUAUCGUCAGGAAUCAUGCUCGACGUGUCCUAAGGAGACUGCUACGGCAGAUGAGGUUCCUUUGGUUACUCUUCAAGGUGGUGACCCGGGGGUGGAUAAACAGAUCAGGGGUUCAGGACCUCAAGGGCAUACGAGGACGGCAAUCCAAGGAGCUAAGCCUUAUGGUUCCUGGAUGAUUGUGACUCGGAAGGAUAAAAGGAACCAGGGGCGAGCUCCUGGUCAGGGGAAGCAAGUGGAAGUCUCGGCACACAAAGGCAAACAAGGCCAACCUACUGGGACAUCGUUAGGGAAUGGAUCGCGUUAUGCGCUGCUAGGGGAUGAACUCGCGCAAGAAGUCCCAGGGGCGAUGGAUCAUGAGUCGAAUCCUAUGGCGACUGAGAAGGAAGAUGGAAGUACCACGGGGGUGUCGUCACAAGGAGCACGGGCGAAUAGCCAUGGUGGGAAAAAUAGAAGGGCCAAUGUGAUUGCGAACGAAAAGCAAAUCCUCAAUGAUGCGCCAAGAUUUAGGCCAGCGCCACUACAGGGUAAUGAGGUAGCGCAGGGGGAAAGGGUGACUGGUUCUACUUCUAGAAGAGCAGCGGAGGAGGAAGAGCAUGUAGUCAUCCGUGGGGAACAAGGGGGAAAACAUAUUAGCUCUACAACGGUGCACAAUGGAGAUAGCAGUGGAGCUGCCAUCCCGGUGGAAGCUCUACCUGCAACUGAACACCAUGGUGAUCCUCUAGGCGAUUUUGACAACGAAGGGGAUGUCAUUAUGGAGAUUGAACGACACCAGACGGCUCCCGUGGAGCAUGGAGAUUCGGCCAGAAACGCUUCGUAG